AUGGUCAUACAGAAGAAGAGUACCAUUCUUCCGCUCAAAACACUCAAGGAGUGUCUUGAGUUCCUGAAGUGGUUGGAAGUCAACAAGGAGAAGCAAGAAAAGGUGGCAAAGAAACUGGAGAGGCGUAUCAACUAUUAUUAUUCAAAGAAAGUCAACGUGGAGAACAUUAAAUCCGCACUUUCUAAUUUUAUCGACCAAGCGUCACACUUUUAUGGCAAAAUAUGCAGAUCUAAGCAGCCUCACAAGCAUGGAUUAAGAAAAGAUAAAGAUGUGCUUGAUACUUUGCUUGCUAGCAUACCCAAACUGCUUUCCGUGAGGUCCUUGUUGGAAUAUAACGUGGAUGUGAGGUUCCAAAAUAUUGGUGGAGGGGGGUGGAAGGAUGAGCCAAUUGGGUCGUUUAUAGUGUCGACAUCUAGUGUCAGUAAGAUUGAUGCAUAUCUCACUGAAAAAAACAUCAACAAAUACGGUGUCAUUCCUGGGGGAUUUGAGAAAGGUGAGGUGAAUGAUGCUGCGCAUGGUGCUUAUGCCAAUGGUUCUGUAAUGGCUAAUGACUUCGAUAAGUUUUUUGAUCAACAGGAACAUCAGCUUUUUCGCGACGUGUUCGCUACAUCGGUGUCGACCACUGUCGGUUCACAGACUUCCAACUCCGCAAACGCCCUAAGAUUGCUCAAAAUAUUUUGCGAUAUUGUUGAGACAGAGCUGAAUGAAGAACUAAAGAACUAUUUGGAAGCUCACCGUGUUUGUAUUGAUUGGGAAGAGUUAAAACAACAUUGUUCAGGACUUAGGUCCAAGUUAGACACGUUGUUCGCCAAUGGCCGCUUUUCCCACACCGGCCAGGCGCCUAGAAAUGAAGAUUUAAACAGUAAACAUUUUGCUAAAAAGAUGGCGACUUGGCUAAGAGAUAAUUUGGAUAAAGUGCGAGGGAAUUUGGAGAAAAUUGAGACGAAUGAUCAUGUACUCGGCAAUACACAACCUGGCCAGCUUGGGGAAUAUUUGAAGAAGCAUUUCUUCCCUUACGGAUUCACGUUUCAUGGCCACAAUAUUGAUACUGAAAGCAAUCUGAAGCAUGUUUUAAAAACGGAUUGGAAAGCUGUGAUCGGUUGCCUCAAUGAACAUAAUAGUGGCCUGUCUAAGCUUGUACAUAUACUGAAGGGUAAACAGUGUCUACUGAAACAAUCUCAGAAAGCGGCUGUAGUGCAGAACCACGACAGUACGGCAGACCCUGAAUCUGAGUCUGAUCCUGAAGAAGAUGAAGAAGAGGAUGAUGAUGAUGAUGGCGGAUUAACAUAUCAAAACAAUGAUCAAAGUGUACAGCAUCCUGGACUUCCGAAUGAGGCAAAUUAUUCAGACACUCCUCCUGAAGAUGGCAAAGGUCAAGGCCCCGCUGGCGCUCUAGGGGGCGGUGGUGCGGGCUUGCAGGUCAGUGGUCCUCCAGCUCAACAGCCAGUUCCGCCACAAGCAGCUGCACCUACAUCCUCAACAAUUACUCCAAGCCCAGGCUCCUCGUCAUCUGGUGGCCUUGGUCCAGGUGGUGGUACAGGCGCACCGGGGUCUAACGGUGACCAAGGUAAGCUAGGGCCUGCUGGUCCGGUUGUUUCAGCGUCUUCUGAUGUUUCAGAUGCACAGGUGAUACAAACGUCUCAGCCUGCACUUCAAUCGUCGCCAGUGUCAUCUCUAACCCCUCCCGCCAGUCCUCCUGGUAGCCCUAAACCCACUGCUAAAACUGGGGUGCUAGGUGGGGGUUUACAGAAUGCUUCUUUGGGUUCAGAUCCUCUUCUAGCUGCAAGCGCUGUUUUAGCGCAGCCUUCAAGUGUUUCAGGUCCACCAUCUGUAGCAUCUGGCGUCCUUUCUACGGGUAGUGGUACGGACAUUCCUGAUAUCGAAACGGAAGUUGUAAUACAUCCAUGGGAAGGUGGUAAGGAUGCCUACAAUACACAUUCUGAUGCGUUACUCAAUGAUCAUAUUGAGAGGUUGCGAGAUCCCAACGGUAUUAACCUUCUUAAUGGUCCUAUUACUCAUCGCGGCACAGUUAGAGAGGCAUCUCCACAAUCGGAUAUCGCUUCUGACCUGGAUAAGUUACAAGAAGCUUCAGUUUUGUCGAACUCAUUAGGCCUUCGUGAUGUCGAUAUGCCGUUUGAACAUUUUGAUUUUCAUGUUUCACCGAACGAAGGAGGUACUGGUGAGGUGUAUAUUCCCCAAUGCCUCAACCCCUGGUAUGUUGACCCUUCAUCCACCUCUACCAGCCAUUCAACUACUUCUCCCCCAGAUUCUGACAAUAUGCCUUCUCCCAAUACUGUCCGUGAAAUGCUCUAUUGGAUGGUCGGCGUUGUCGAAUUAGGGUACAUUGGUUUUAUUCAGAAGCAUGUUGGUGGAGUUUUGGAUGAUAUUAAUAAAGACUCCUCGUGGCCUUCAUUUGCCAUCGAUGUCACCGGGUAUCCCAACCAGCUGACUGCUUCCCGUGUCACCAAUACCCUUGCAGAGGCGUGCCUCUACUCGGCAAACAUAAUCACACGGAUUAAGUACUACAAUGAUUUUAAAGCCUUCUCUACUGUUGACUUCAAAUCAGUAUAUAGUCAGCUGCAUUAUUCGUCCGACCCCUCCUGUCUCCUCUGCCAGCUGCGUGACUACGCCUAUGCCUGCCACUACCAGUUGCAAUUCCUGAAGUCGCAGUGUAAUCAAGACAAAUCCCUUGGUGGUUGGCAGAAUUGUAACUACGGAAGUGACAUAUCUUCUUCCAACUCCCUCCUCCAGUCUUUCCUGACCGACGGCUGGGACUCCGACUUCGAGACUCACCCCUUCGACCCUUGCAACAUCUGCUGCAAGACCCGGGUACACAUGGGAUUUAAACACAAAGAUCUGCCUAAACCUCACCAAACUGGCGCCACCCUUUCCACCAUCCUCACUCCCAGCUGCGGCGGCGACGACCCACUGCUGACACUGUCCUCCUACCUCAACUGCCUCACCAGGCGGACGCCGCGCACCACCGGGGAGCUGGUGUCCUACUUCCACCAUUUCGGCAAUUUAAUGUAUGAUGCGUCCUCCAAGGGAUUGUCAAACCUUGGCAAGGCCCUCACCAAGCCUCAUGAGAACUGUCCCGACUGGGACCAUUUCGUUGAUUCCGAGUUACCAGCUAUCAGGGGAAUCAGGGGCGUCGACUCCGCCAAUCACAACGUUGACCACGCCGGCUCCCUGUCCAAACUGCUGGGCUGCGACAUCACCAAUGCGCAGUGCGCAAAACUUCUGUCGCCCACCACGCACCGGGCCUACGCUGUGUAUUCUCCGUGCUUUACCCACACCUACCUCAGCUGGGCGGUUUUCUUAUCAGACAGACUGUGGAAGUCAUUCAAAAGACUGUUGUAUGAUUUAGAAGGGCAUGAUAACACCAAGUGCUCAUCACUCCACUCAUGCCCCUAUGCUAUGCCUCUCCUCUACACACACGGGUUCAUGCCACCGGAGGGUAAAUUGCAGUGGCCACUCACAUGCUCAGAUAUAAUCGUAAAGCUGAGGACCGUGGUCGACGGCAAGCCUAUUGCAAUGCUCAUGACCUGCAUGGACGACUUCCUCUACAGGGUCAGGAUGCCCUUCAUCUACACGCUAAUCGCACUAUGGUCGGUAGCAGUACUCCUCCUCUCAUACACGAUACUGUACCGCCUGGACGUCCUGUAUCUCUGUUCUCAUGCCAUCAGGUCCAAGGCAUCCCACCUCAUCGACGUCAAGGCGCUGCUCACUAAUAGCAGGAAGAUGCUCUCACUCUACGACGCCGAUUACUUUGACGAUGAUCCCAAUGAUCUCAUAGACCAGCUUAAAUAA